GUCCUUUACCUUUUAAUAUUUCCCCCAAUUUUAAUUUCUUUUAAUUCUCUCCCUAAUUUUUUCAUCCCUACUUAUUUAUUUCUCUUUGCUUUUCCCUGGAAAACCCUAAAUUCCAUUUCCCUAGCAGAAAUUCCAGAAGAACACUAGUAAAUUUUCUACAAUUUUCUCUGUAAUUUUUGUGAUUAGUUUUCACCUGCAGGGGAAGGGGUAAAGCAGCAGACAACACUCUGGAGCAAGCUCUGUUCAUUCCUUCCUUCUGCAAUGGCGAAGCUUUGAGUUCUCAGAAGGCAGUUACUGUUGUAAAGUCUUUCCUUUUUGUACUGUUUUUGCAUCUUCUUCUUCAUCGUCUUCACAACUUUCAAGCCUUUAGCCUUCUGGGUUUCCUUUUUCUCCCUCUGUUACUCCGUUUUCUGGAGCUGAAGUAGCCAUUUCCCCUGUACGGUUCUUCAGCUUCAGCAAAAAGUUUCGAUCUUUUGGUUCAAGGUAUUUUUUUGGUGGGUGGGUUUUAGUGUUGGCUCAGCGGUCUAUGUACAAAUGGAGGCAGCAACACAAGGAAUGAUUUCUACUUCAGGUGUAACGGUUAGGGGGGAUGAUGCUCCAGAGAGCUACAGGCUUGCUCCUAGAGCUGAAAUUCCGAACCCUAACCCGAAUUCAGCUCCGAUUAACUCGAACCCAGUUCCAAAUAACUCGACCCAUUUCGGCAGCCCACCACCACUGGUGAGUUCUUCACCGGGGAGCGGCGGCACGUUGGCGAAGAAGAAAAGGGGAAGGCCGAGGAAGUACGGGCCCGACGGAAGCUUGAACCCGACAUUGUCGCCUAUGCCGAUAUCGGCGUCCAUUCCGCUCACCGGAGGUCUCUCGUCGUCGUCGUCUUGGAAAAGGGGCAGAGGCCGGGGGAUUGGCUCGGUCAAGAAGCAGCAGCAGCAGCACAGAACCGAAUACGAGAGCCCAGGAGACGGAGUUGCUUACUCUGUCGGCGCAAAUUUUACUCCUCAUGUGCUUAAUGUCAAUGCUGGCGAGGAUGUUACAAUGAAGGUCAUGUCCUUUUCUCAACAAGGUGCUCGAGCCAUAUGCAUUCUUUCGGCAAAUGGCACAAUCUCAAAUGUCACUCUUCGCCAGCCUACUUCUUCUGGUGGCACACUAACUUAUGAGGGCCGUUUCGAGAUACUCUCAUUGUCCGGGUCAUUCAUGCCUACUACAGAUACCGGAGGACAAAAGAGCCGGUCAGGUGGAAUGAGCGUUUCGUUAGCUGGUGCUGACGGUCGAGUUGUUGGUGGAGGACUCGCUGGUCUCUUGGUAGCUGCUGGUCCUGUGCAGGUAGUUGUCGGCAGUUUUAUACCUGGUCACCAGAUGGAGCAGAAGCACAAGAAGCAGAGAACUGAACGACCACUUCCGACACCACCACCGAUUGUGACCACGCAUCCUCCGGUCACUGUCCUGACAGCUGCUGAUCUAAAGGGGGUGUAUGCUGCAGUGAAGCCAGCCAUAAUCCCUUCUUCAUCGUCAUUCCACCAUGUAGACAACGUCAAUCAGCAAUCGUUUAAUUACCCCUCCGUCCACAUGUUUAGUAGGAACCCGCCAUCCACUGACAACAGGAGCUCCUCUACUGCUGAAGACGAGGAAGAUGAAGACGACGACUCUAGAGGUCAUGAACACGAGCCGUCGUCACAGACACACUGUGAGGUGUCUUGCUGAUGAUGUUACUACACCUUUUGACACUUUACUCCAUGUGGGUUGUGUUGUGUCUGGACUAGUCUCACCAUGGCAAGACGACGAGAGCAGCAGUAACCGAAGGAAGGCUCUUACAGCAACCGCGCCAAUUAUACGAGAAUUUUCAACCUGUGAGAAGUGUACUCUUUUGUUGUGUUCUCUCUAGGGUUCUUAGGGAUAGUAGGACUCAUGGUAGUAGUGUUUAGGAUAUAACAAGUUUGGUCUAAUGUGGGCUGCAUUGCUGCUAUUUUGUAGUGUUGUUGUUCUUUUCCUAUCUUCUGGUGUGUGAAUUCUGCUGGUCUGAUUAAGUUCUUGGUGUAACUUAACCAUUCCAUUAGAGUUGUUUUUUUAAUAUAAUGGGUUGUUACUUAUAAAUGAUUUAAUGGCUA